AUGUUACGCUCAUCUAUGGGUUCGGGCAGGGCCCGGAUUCCAAAUUUGCGGCCACCGUUUUUAACUCGUGCUUCCCGUCCCAGCCUGGCCGUUUAUUCGGCGUGUGCAGCGUCAAGAUUCAACUCUUCUGUAACAAAUCUGGACAAUUUUCCGGGAGUGGGCGACAAGUUGCAUGGAUUCACUGUUCGCGACAAGAAACAUAUCCCAGAGCUGCACUUAACGGCAGUCCAAUUGACUCACGACAAGACCAACGCAGACUACCUCCAUGUGGCGCGAGACGAUAAAAACAAUGUUUUUGGAAUUGGGUUCAAGACCAAUCCGCCUGAUGCGACCGGCGUGCCCCAUAUCUUGGAACAUACUACCUUGUGUGGUAGCGAAAAGUACCCUAUUCGCGAUCCUUUUUUCAAGAUGCUCCCUAGGUCGCUUUCGAACUUCAUGAAUGCCUUCACCUCUUCCGACCAUACUACCUACCCAUUCGCCACAACCAACUCACAGGAUUUUCGGAAUCUUCUGUCAGUGUAUCUCGAUGCCACAUUAAAUCCCCUUCUCAAGGAGGAAGAUUUCCGUCAGGAAGGGUGGAGGCUUGGACCAGAAGACCCACAGGCCCUCUUGGCUACACCAGACCAAAAGGCCCAGUUAGAGGAUAUCGUAUUCAAGGGUGUCGUGUAUAAUGAGAUGAAGGGUCAGAUGUCGGAUGCCAACUACCUAUACUAUAUACAGUUUAAGGAGAGCAUAUUUCCAGCCAUCCACAACUCGGGUGGAGAUCCUGAAUUCAUUACCGACUUGACUCACAAGCAGCUAUACGAUUUUUCGAAGCGCAACUACCACCCAAGCAAUGCCAAAAUCUUGACUUACGGUGACAUGCCUUUGAGUAGUCAUCUGGAGCAGAUUGGGCCCGUCUUGGAUGGAUUUGAGCUUGGCCAAGCUGACAAUGAUGUAAAGUCACCGCGGAGCCUCGACAAACCCGUGAAUAUUACUGUCCCGGGACCAAUCGACACAUUCUCCGGCGAGGAUAAGCAACACAAAACCUCCACUUCUUGGUACAUGGGUGAAUCAACUAACAUUGUUGAAACCUUUUCUGUUGGAAUCAUUUCCUCGCUUUUGCUUGAUGGGUAUGGCUCUCCCAUGUAUCGGGCGCUCAUCGAAAGCGGCCUUGGUUCCUCUUUCACUCCAAACACAGGUCUUGAUUCAUCCGGCAAAGUCCCCAUAUUCUCAGUUGGCCUUACUGGUGUAAGUGAGGUGGAUGCAUCCAAGGUCAAGCAAGUGGUCCAAGAGGUUUUCCGGGAGUCUGUGUCUGCUGGAUUCAGUGACGAUAAAGUGCGAGGAUUUCUCCAUCAGUUGGAGCUUGCGCUACGACAUAAGACCGCUAAUUUCGGGAUCGGUGUCAUGGAGAAGACCAUCUCUUCUUGGUUUAAUGGAUCUAGCCCGAUGAAGGAGCUGGCCUGGAACGAUGUUAUUGAGGAGUUUAAGAGAAGAUAUGGGCAACCUGGCUACCUGGAGUCCCUUGUUGAGAAAUAUCUCUUAAAUGAGCGCUGCAUGACAUUUACCAUGGUCGGCUCCCCGACAUUCAACAAGACCUUGGAUGAAAAGGAAGCCGCGAGGAAAGAAUUGAAGCUCGCUAAGCUCAUUGAGCAACACGGCACAGUUGAGAACGCUGUCGCUAAGCUGAGCGAAGAAGAAUUAGAGCUUCUCAAGGUACAGGAAGAUGCCCACAAUGCGGACUUGAGCUGCCUCCCUUCGUUACGCGUGAAAGAUAUAUCCCGCCAAAGAGAACACAAGCCCAUUCGAGAGUCAACAGUUGACGAUGUCGAUGUGGUUUGGCGUGAGGCUCCCACCAAUGGAUUGACCUACUUUCAAGCCAUCAAUGUCUUCGAGAACCUUCCCGAUGAUCUUCGCCUCCUAAUGCCCUUGUUCAACGACUGUAUCAUGCGACUAGGCACCGGAAAUCGAUCCAUGGAGGAAUGGGAGGAUCAAAUCAAGCUGAAGACCGGAGGAGUAUCGACAUCUAACUUUCUUGUAUCGUCUGCAACCCACUUGAACCAGUUCAAAGAAGGUCUCAAUUUCUCUGGAUUUGCCAUUGACAAAAAUAUUCCUGAAAUGUUGGAGAUCCUGUCGACUUUGGUAGCGGAGACAGACUUCGCCAGUCCUUCGGCGCCAGCUAUGAUCCAAGAGUUAUUGCGACUCGCCACGAACGGGGCACUUGAUUCUGUUGCUGGAACCGGACAUCGCUAUGCCGUCAAUGCAGCUGCUGCAAGUCUCUCCAAAAGCUUUUGGGUACAGGAACGGCAGUCUGGUUUGGAACAGCUGCAAGCUACGGCAGUACUCUUGCGAGAUGCAGAGUCAUCUCCUGAGCGUCUCCGUGAAUUGAUUGAUAAGCUGCGUCUUAUUCAGUCAUUUGCCAUCUCAAGAACAUCCAAUUUACGUGUGCGUCUUGUUUGCGAACCUGAAAUGUCAACCCAAAAUGAGUCUGUAUUGCAAAAAUGGAUGGCAGGACUGCCUCAAGUUCGUUCACCUCAGUCCACUUCAUCCACAAAUCAGUUCCAGUCAUUCGAGAAGGCACUCUACGACCUUCCUUACAAGGUCUAUUACUCUGGCCAAGCUACACAGACGGUCCCCUUCGUUGACCCUUCCAGUGCUCCUCUAACAGUGCUAUCUCAGCUUCUCACCCACAACUACCUACAUCCUGAGAUUCGAGAGAAGGGUGGUGCAUAUGGCGCUGGAGCUAGCAACGGUCCUCUCAAGGGCAUUUUCACAUUCAUGAGUUACCGUGAUCCCAACCCCAUGAACACUUUGAAGGUUUUCAACAAUAGCGGUCUAUUCGCCAGAGAUCGUGUAUGGUCUGAGCGAGAGAUCGAGGAGGCCAAGCUUGGUAUCUUCCAAGGGCUUGAUGCUCCUGUGAGUGUGGACGAGGAAGGAACACGUUACUUCAUGAGCGGCGUCACCCAUGAGAUGGACCAACGUUGGAGGGAACAGGUACUUGACGUGACCGCGAAGGAUGUGAACUCGGUUGCGGAUCGAUUCCUUGUGAACGGAUCUCGAACGGCAACUUGUGUUCUCGGUGAGAAGAAAGAUUGGGCUGAUUCCGAGUGGGAGGUGCGAAAGCUGUCCAUGGGUCAACAAGAACCCUCACAGUAA